ACCCACGGAUCGCUGCUUGUGCUCAGUGCCCCCUGCUCUGUGCCCACUUACCGGUGCAGACAGUAGCUGUCAGAAUGGAGAGCAGCUUAAACCAGGCUACUCCAAGGCAAUCUGGAAGCAAGCAGCUCUCUGCUGGAAAAGCCACAAAAAUAGGCACAAUGUCCGUGUGUAUUCUUCCUUUUCUGGCAGUACGAGAGGUCAGCACCAGGGCCAGGCUGGGCUGGGGAAGGCUUGGAGCCGAGCAGAGCUCGGCACAGUCUGUUCCUCCCUGCUCGACCUGUGCGAGGGAUCCUGAUGGGCUCCAGAUGCUCUCCUUGCCCAGAAGAUGAUUCACGGUCAGGGACUGACCGGGCUGAGAGGAUCAGACUGACAUCACCCUCAUCCAGGAUGUGACCCCGUGCCUCAGUUUCCCCACUUGCAAACAGGCAGGGACCAGCGCAGUGCUGGCAGAGAGGCACCACAACGAAACCUUCCUGCUGUGCACAAAUCUAUCUGGGGGAAAGAGGUGAAAACCCACAACUGCAGCGUGGAAUUUGCCCUCUGCAGCUUACAGGAGAGCUCGGGGGCACCCAACGGAGCUGAACAAGGAGCAAAAGAAGGGAAGCAGCGUGCCCCAUAGGACUGGGCUUGGGUGCAGGAACACAAACCCAAGCAGAGCCCAGGCAAAGGCACGGAGGAGCCCAGCGAGGGUCAUCGUGCAGACAGGAUCAGCAUCCGGCUCAGGAAAUUCCCAGUGCCGAAAAUAGUUGGAUGCUGGAAGGGCACGCGGGGGACGCGGUGCUUUAUGCUUGCUGCAAUUUUUUUUUCUUCCCCAGGCGAUGGGGGCUGCCAGGAGGGUGCUGGGUGCACCCAGCAGGGUCUGGGGUGCUCUCCACUUUUAGGGGCCACCCACCCUUGCACUGUGCUUCUCAAGGAGAACACGCUGCCAGUGCACUUUUUUUUCCUACAGAAGAGGAAAAAACAUCGGCGUGAAGCAAAAAGCAGCUAAAAACAUGGUAAAAUCAACCUUUUUAGGAAAGGGCAAGAGGCUCCUCAAGUGCUGGCAGGGGUCCUGCCCUCCUUGCUGCCCUCGCCAAGCUGUGUGGGGGGGAGGCAGCCCCCCGGCUGUGCUCGGCACCAGGCAGGGUGCCCCAGGGGCACCCCGUGCUCAAGGCCUGCAGCGAGCUGGGAGAGCAUCAGCCAGCCCAGCUCUGCUGCAUCCCAGAGCGACCCCAGAGGGCCAGCAGGUUGUGGACGGUUUAAACCAGGGGAAUUUUUGCUACGGGGCCAGCACAAAUAUUUGCUUUAGUGUGCGCUGGGGAGGGGGGGGACACGAGCAGAGGAGAGCAGCUGCCGGUGGCCAAGAACAUCCACGGGGAAAGCAAUGCCAGAAAAAUGCAAGAUUAACGUGCUUCCCCUGCUGCUUCCCUCGGGGUCCCGCUCUCCUCCCGGAGCCCCCGCACCCAAAAUCCCCCAGCAGCCUGGCCAGGCACCCGCGGGAGGGCUGGCAGCCCCCCGGCGCACCGGCCGGGGCAGGAAAAACCGACGGGGGUCGGGGGAGAGCCGGCACGGAGGGGGGGUCCCGAGCAUCCCCGAUGGCGGCCGCCCCUCCCUCUUCUUCCUCCUCCUCCUCCUCCUCCCACCGGCCGGCCCAGAGCCCUCGCAGCCUCGGGGCCGGCUGGGGAAGCGGGGCUGAAGGGCCGGGGGGCGCGGUGCCGUGCCAAACCGUGCCAAACCGUGCCGGUCCGGUCCGUGCCAUGCCGUUCUACAAGCGGAGCGUGGUGGCUCGGCGGGGCCGGGCGAUGCCGCUGGCCGAGCUGCGGGACGUUUGCAGCCUGGCGGCUCUCACCCUGCUCCGCCAGCUCGCCGACCUGUGCGGCCACUCGCUCGCUUUGCUCGGGGACAUCGAGGGCCACGUCGCGGCUCUGGGGCGCCGCACCGGGCGGCUGCACCGCCGCGCAUCCCGCCUGCAAGCGCUGCUGCGGGGCCGCCCGCUGCGAGGGGCAGACCCAGCCACCUCUAACCUGGACCUCGAGAGCAAGAAAGCCGCCCACACCAAGCUGUCAUGGCAGCAGCCCGUCAACGUCUUCCUGGCUGCCGGCCGCCCGCCGGGCAUGGAGCAGCUGCACCAGGAGGCUCAGCUCAACCUCCAGAGCCUGCUGCAAGAGGAGUAUGAGGAGCAGUACGAGAGCAGGGUGACCGGGCAGACCUUCCGCGCUGCCGGCCACCCAUCCCCCGGCACCCCCCCGGAGCCCUCACCCCGACCUCCACCCUCCAAACGCCUCGAGUUUGUGCUUAUGCCCCCGAGCCGGCGAGCCACCGACGAGGAGAGCAGCGGUGCCACCGCGCUGGGCGUGAGGCCACCCGAUGCCUCCCUGAGCCUCCCCACCACCCCCGACAAGCAGACGGCCUGGCCCAGGGCCUUCCCCCUGCCCACCGUGGAGGAGAAGCAGUGGCACCAGUCCUGUUCCGUCCAGACCAACGUCGUCCCCAUCAACGUCUCGGAGACCGCGAUGAACCCCAAGUCCACCCUGCGGCGUAGACGGACCGUUAUCGGAUUCCCUAACAUGUCCCUGCGAGACCAAGGCAACGCCAACGGCCCCGCGCCCACCACGCGCCCGCCCAUCACCGAGUCCUUGUCCUGCAGCUUCGAGCCCGCAAGCGGGGGGAAGCCCCCCCAGGAGAUAAGCCCCCACCAGCCGCUCUCCGCCCCGCUGAGGAAGACCUUCAGCGACCUCGGGGGGACGCUGCAGGCACGCUGCUGCCCACCCUCCACCCCCAUGGACAACGCGGCCACCCCCGGCACCUGCAACGGGCCUCAGGGCACCCCUUUUCCCUCACCCUGGGGCGCCGGCUCCUUCAGCUACGCCGCUCCCCCCAGCCCCACGGCUGGUCAGGGUGCCUCCCCGGGCAGCUCCGCCGUGGGUUCACCCGCCGGCACCGACCGGGCAGCCUCCUUCUUCAUCGCCCAAGAGGAGCGUGUGGGGAGCGCCGGGCCUGGCUCCUUCCCUGCUGCAGUGCCCGAGUCCCCCCCGGGCUCUGGGGGCCUGCGGAGGUGUGAAGGACGAGAGGCCAGGGUGAAUUUCUCACCGACUAGCAAAGAGGAGCCGGAGCCGGCGUCGGAGCCGGCACGCCUCGGGGUGGAGCGGGCAGGGUGCCGCUUCCGCGAGCGCUCGCUGUCGGUGCCCACCGACUCGGGGUCCCUCUGCUCCGUGGACAUCGCCUACGCCGAGGCCCGGCGGGGCAGCACCAACUGCGCCCUGGGCUACCCCAGCGCCGGCUCCGAGGGCAGCACCAGCACCGACAACAUCUCUCUGGGGCCGGAGCCCGACGGGCAGCAGCGGCGGCGCUCCAAGAGCAUCUCCCUCAAGAAGGCCAAGAAGAAACCCUCGCCGCCCACCCGCAGCGUCUCGCUGAUCAAGGACGGGCAGGAUGGCCCCGCUGCCCUGGGGCUGCCCAGGGAUCAGAGACCCAAAAGCCUGUGCAUCCCGCUGGAGCCCUCCAGCCACCGGCUGGUGCAUGCGGACCCCCAGGGCAGGGAGCCCGACGGCCCAGCCGCCCCCCACCAGUGGUACCUGGCAGACUGGAAGACCGGUGAUGCCUACCGGUCCCUCUCCGGCUCAAGCACGGCCACGGGGACCACGGCCGUCGAGUGCAUCAAGGCACGGGGCAGCUCCGAGUCCCUGACGUCCCCCUCCAUCUCCAGAGCCACGACACCCUCCCAGCUCUCGGCGGAGGCUGACCUCAAAACCUCCUCCCCGGGCAGGCCCACGGGGCUGAUGUCCCCGUCCAGCGGGUACUCCAGCCAGUCGGAGACCCCCACCCCGACUGUCCCCACGUCGGCCAUCCUCGGGCACUCCCCACACCAGGUGCGGGUGAGGCCGCUGGUCCCUGAGAGGAAGUCUUCACUGCCACCCACAUCCCCCAUGGAGAGGAGCCCCAAAUCCAGGCUGUCCUUCGACCUCCCUCUCACACCACCCGCCCACCUCGACCUGUCGGGGCUGAAGAUCUCCCUGAAGGGGAAGACGAAGGUCAGCCGGCACCACUCCGACUCCACCUUCGGCACCAAGCUGGCCCAGAAGACCAGCCCCAUCCAGCCCAUCAUGCCCGUGGUCACCCAGUCCGACCUGCGCUCCGUCCGCCUGCGCUCCAUCAGCCGCUCCGAGCCAGAGGACAAUGCCGACGGCCCGGAGCACGCCGAGGAUCCACCACGGUCCCCUGCCCAGGGUCCAGAGAGGAAGGUGAAGCCACCGGUGGCGGAGAAGCCACCACUGGCCAAGCGGCCCCCCCUCAGCAUCCUGCCCAAGCCCCCGGCCCUGCGGGAAGAGGGCCCCCUCUCCCCUACGUCCCCACCCGGCAUUGCUACCAAGGACGGCUUGGCAGUGCUGCGCAAAGGGGAGCCGAGGAGGGGCCCGGGGGAGCCCCGGCGGCUCUCACAGGGCAGCCUGGAGGAUGAGCCGCGGCCAGAGGGGGAGCGGAGGAAGGCCAAGGUGCCACCACCAGUGCCCAAAAAACCCAGCGUGCUCUACCUGCCGCUCGCCCCAGCCCCGGUGCAGCAGGGAGGAGGUGCGGGGGACCCGGCACCCACCCCCAGCCCCAUCAUCACGCUGGACACCGAGCCCAGCUGCUGCCACCCUGACACCGAUGACCCAACGCCCACGGAGGCCCCGGGCACAGCACAAGCUGGCGAGACCCCUUUGGAGCAAGGCAGCUUGUCUGAGGCCGGCACAGAGGAGAAGAGCUUUGCCAGCGACAAGACGGCUGACUCCAUCGCGGAGGAGGACGAUGAUGUCUUUGUGGCAGCCCGGACCACAGAGGAUCUCUUCACCGUCAUCCACAGGUCCAAGAGAAAGGUUCUGGGGCGGAAGGAGCCUGGUGACACCUUUGGCAGCCGGCCCAAUUCCCACUCACCCGUGAAGACGUCGGGCUCACCAACAAGUGAGUCCCCUGCAGCAGUGGUCGGCACCGGGAAGUCCUCCAGCAGGAAUGAAGAUUUUAAGGCCCUGCUCCAGAAGAAGAGCAGUAAAACCAGUGCUGGUACCCGGCCAUCUGCAGCUGAACUGCUUAAGACCACAAACCCGCUGGCUCGGAGGGUCAUGACAGAGUUUGCCCCUGAGCUGGAUGGUGCAAACAGCCCCAAAAGCCAGCCCUAACCUUGCACAGACCCUUCUUGGCCACAAAGGGCUCGAGAUGGCUGCGGAGGGAGCCUUGCUGCGAGCGGUAGCUUUAGGCACUCAGGUCUUUGCAGCAGGGGUGUCCCGGCUGUCCCGCUGGGGCUUCUCUCGUGCUCUCACUUCUUCCUCGGCAAAUCCUCUCUGGUUCCUCUCCGAUGGGAGAGCCACCGUCAGAGAGGCAGUGUUGGGACCUGAGGCCCCCAUGUCCCCGGCGGAGACGGGCUGCUCGCAGGAGGGAAGAAGAGGCAGGGAUGUGGCACCGCAGCGGGGACUGUCCCCUGCUGAGCUGGCCCCGGGACCCGGCACCUCCUGUGGCACUGGGCUGGCAGCUCCUGCUGCUCCUCAGGAACAGAGUGGGACAGCAGCCCCAGGCACCCUCCAGCACCCGCAGCAAAGCUAGCUUGAAACUGUUUGGUCACUCGGCAUGUGGUACUUUAAAUGGCUUUUUCUAAUGCACAAUGGCGAUGAUGUUUUUUUCUCUUUUUA